AACAAUCACUCUCUUAUCAGUUGCGAACCGAUAUCGAUUUUUAGUGCGGACGUGGGAUCGAUUGCAGCGCUGAGUUUACUGCUGCAUAGAACCUCCCAUACCUCGAUGGAACCAGCAGAAUGUCGACCGCGUACAAACACCUGUACUCGUGUAUAACGUUUUUAAUUUUCAUUUUCGUGCUUAACUUCUAUAAAAAUCGUGUCCAAGUGAAUCGCGAACGUGCCGCGGCUAAGCUGAAACGGGUCGGAACACUCAGCAGACCGCCAGCAGCAUACGAUGGCAUUGGGGAAGAGUAUUACUUAGAUUUUGCCUACCUGGAUUUGGACGAUAGUGAGCGGGAUUGGCAGUGGGAUCGAUCCAAGCAGUACCCAGGCCGGUGUCUCGAUGUGGAGGUAUUCUUUGUAUUCUCACCGAAGACAGCCACCCGACGCAGAGUGUUUGAUGGACCGGAAGGACUGCACUACAGGAGUACGGUGUUGGGCGAGCGGGACAAAAAGAAGGAUCUAGAUCAAACGGACACCGCAGGAUCUAACUCGUCCAUCUACAUGUUCCUUUCGGUGCUGGUUGUUUUGCUGCUUGCGGCCGGUGUCGAUAUCGCAAAGCAUCUUACCGGAACGGGCGACAGCACCGCGAAAGCAGACGCCCAACGUCGCCUGUCGUUGCAAAACUAUCAGGCAUUGAUAAGGGAAAAACAGAAGCAAUUCCGUAUGAUGAAACAACACUACUCGCAACCAUCGAUGAGUGUGCAGCGGUCCAUCGAUGAGUCAGUCGUACCGUUUGUGGGAACGUUUACACGUAUGGACGAAAGCGCCGCACUAUCGUCAACGAUGUCACUAUCGGGAAAACCAGUUCCGGCGCCAUUACUGAGACGGCAAUCAGUCCCAACACUAAUGCGUGGGCAGGUAAUGCUAACGGGAGCAGGAAGCACAUUCACUGCCGGUCCAAAUGUAGCACCCUUUGGACGUCGAACAUCGGUGGAUUCAUUCUGGGAUGUGGAUCACGUCGGAAAAGUGACCGGUUCCACGGUCAGUAAUGGAUCGCCACCGGAAGUGCGAAGACGUGUCCGGAUGCUACAUCGUCAUUAGAACGGAAGCGGGAACCAACCACUAAACCCCACCUCCCCCCGUUUGGAUUUUAGAUGUUUUAAUAGUGAUGUAAGAUUCGUACAAGAUGAAUUCUGAUGAACUAUUCGAUGUGAUCUCUUGUGUAUAAGAUUUUAGAGCUUAAGCUCGUUGACUGUACUCUUAAGAUAGUAUCAAGCCCCAAUAGCUACACUGCAGGUACAAUCGAGCAAGGACAGUUUAGUCGCUAAGAGAAAAAAACAGAAUCUAUUUCAGAACCUAUUUUCAUAGUUUUAACAGGCUCUCAACUAUCGCUAAAGAUAACAUAUUUGUGGGAUAACGCGUUGAAAACUAAUAAUCGAGUAAACCAAUGAGUAAACGCACUGUUACAUUGCAUGAGAUUAAAAAAGAACCAAGCGGUAUGUGGUUGUAAGAGGAGAUAUGAUAGCAUGAACAGGAAUGAAAAAAGAAAAUUCCGCACUCUUAUUUGCACAUAAGCUACAUUUGACGUGAACUGCAAACCUACCGUUAAGGUUAAAUGUAUACAUAAUUAGCAAAACUGAACUGAAAAUUUUGAUUUAAUUAAUUUUGAAAAAAAGUUCUGUACUUUUUAUUAAAAGUAAGGAAUAAUCGCUACUAUUGCGGUGGAUUCUUUAGAUGGAGUCAACACAACAGCAGGGCAAAUGAAAAGAACACUCAGUCCAGAGGCUGAGAAGUCUUUAGUGCGUGGCUGUAUUUGGAUGGGAUGGAAUGAAGCGUGAUUGCUGGACAUCGGCGCACAACUUUGUUACACUCCUGCAGUCCACAACAAAAGAGUUGUAAAAGGUUUGGUAAGGAGAUAAUAGUGUCCAACAUAUUGAUCAACUCACAAUUGCUUGGUGACAGCGUUCGGUGUGUCGUUUGUAACUGUUGAUGGGAACGAUCCAGAUGGCGUUCUGGAAAGUUGCUAGAAAUGGACUCAGCUACACAUAGUGAAUAAGUCAUGACAAAGGAAUUUGUCAAUGUCACGCGUGUUACCGACAUGAUCAUAUCAGUCCUGCGAGAAAGAUAUCAUUAGAAAUGGUU